AUCUUCAGAGAGCGAGAGAAGUCAUCGAGGGAUUUAUUUUUGUUUAUUUUGCGAUUUAUAUAGUCAAUAUUGUCCACAUUUUACUCACAGUCCCGUAGCGAUAUUCACUGUAAAGUUUAGUUAACUAGUGCAAUGGCGAAUCCUAAAGAUCGUGAAGAACCAAUCAUCUUGGCCCAUCAGUGCUAUACGAAGAAAGAUUAUCCAUCUGCUCUCCAGCAUUUGACUGAAUUGGAAAGCCUUGUUGGUCCGAACAACAAGCGAGUCCUGCACAACAAAGCUGUAGUUGAAUUUAUGAAUGGGGACAUGAAAAACAUAGACAAAUUCAAAAAAGCAGUAACCCAGCUGUGUGGGCUCACAUUCCCUGAUAUUGACCUGAAAGACCUGACUUUGCCACAUCUGUUAUACAACUACGCCGUGCUGUUAUACCACUCUCGGUACUAUUAUCAGUGUACAGUAGUUUUGGAGAAGUUAUUGACUUUAAAAGCCAUAAAAGAUCCCAAACUAUACCAGCAGAUAGUUCUCCUGUUAAUGGAGGCCACUCUGUGCAGACGCACUUAUGAUAAAACAUUAGAAAUAGCCAAAAGUCACGGAGAGCAAAUGAAAAGUUACAACGAAGUUAGUGACCUGUUUGAACGAUUAACCAGCAGAGCUCAGCUAUUACAGGGUCAAAAAGUCAAGCUAAACUUGAAACCUGACUCCAUCGAAAAUGUCUUUAUAAUAGCUCAGCAACAGUACAUAAAUGGAGACGUUAAUGAAGCUGCAAAAACAUUAGGACAGUAUAAAACAAUGCAAUAUAACUAUGACUUAAAGUCUCAAGGCGAGGAUAUUUGGGCAGCCAUCAAUAAUAACCUUGGAGUAAUAUAUCUGUCAAUUAAAAAACCAUUUCUGGCCGCUAAAUAUUUCCAACAUGCUGUUAAAGAACAUUUCAAAGCUAUGGAAAGUGAAGACAGUGAAAGAUUAAUUGCCUGUAGAGACCGUCCCCUUUACGUUUUCAAUUUGGGUCUAGCUUUACUCGCGGCGAAUAACUCUGAAGGUGCCUUUGAGUGUCUGGUUGAAGCAGCUCGCCACUACCCCAACAAUCCUCGCAUCUGGUUACAUUUGGCAGAGUGCUGUGUCAAGAAAUGCUGUAGCGAAGAAGCCUUACAGUAUACAGUGAAAAAAUUAGGCAGCGGCCCACACACUAGAAUCUUACUAGCAAAAGACAAUAAAGACAAAUAUUCUACAUCAGGAGAGUCAUUUGCAAUUCCGUCGUUAUCAUUGGAAUUUGCAGCUUUAUGUUUGAGGAAUGCUGCAACCCUGCUCCCGAAUCAAGAACCACCCGCGGAUGCUACUACGCCACUUAUUCAAGCCCCCCCUGGCCCCCCUAUCAAUUGGAAGCAGAGAUGUGAGAUUAAAAAUUCUACAUUGGUUCUUCAGAGUUACGUCUUACUUAACUUACAAGACCCACUGUCUGCCUUGGUCAGUGCCAAUGAACUGUUAAGUCAAACUGACGUUUCCAGCAGUCACAAGGCAUGGGCUCACAUAUACGCUGCUGAGGCACUCAUCAACUUAGAUAGAAUAACAGAUGCAGUGGAACAUUUGCAUCCACCAAUGAUACAUGAACUAGUUUCUGUGCUGCCGUACCAAAUGAGAGACAUGAUUGCUGUCUCAGUGUGGGCUAAGGCAGCUGUUUGCCACAUCUUGAGAGGAGACUUGGUCACAGCAAGGAAGAUUUUGAUGCAAAUAAAUUCACCACGAGUUUUACCACUGCAAAUGUAUCUAGAAAUAUGUACAGGCAAUAUUGAAAACUGCCACACAAUACUGAGAAAACUACGGCUAACAAACUUGUCUCAAUAAAGCUAA